AUGCCUUCCUGCCACAUGCGUAACCUCAGAGUGCUGCUGACCACUGUGUGUGGGCUGCUGAUGGCCAUCGUUUUGGGACUGGGCAUUUGGAGGAUAGUGAUAAGGAUCCAGAGAGGAACAUCUGCUCCCCCAUCAAGUACCCCUAUUGAGUUCUGCAGGAAUGGUGGAACCUGGGAAAAUGGCAGAUGUAUUUGUACAGAAGAAUGGAAAGGGCUGAGAUGUACAAUUGCUAAUUUCUGUGAAAAAGGUACAUCUGGCAUAUAUACUUUUGGCAGAAUUGCAGUGGGAAGAUAUGGACCUUCUUUGCAAACAUGUGACAAGGACACUCUAAAUGCUGGCAAUCCAAUAGCAACCGUGCUGUGUGGUUUCUCUCAAUAUGGAGAGAUAGAAUUACAGAAUGUGUCAGUAGGAAAUUGCAAUGAAAAUCUGGAAACCCUGGAGAAGCAGAUAAACAAUUUCACAGCAGAAUUUAAAAAUAUUUCUGCAGAAGCUCAGAUUUUAACAUCUGAUAGCAGUAAAUUAACUGCUGACAAUAUCACUUCUGCUGCUAAAGUGGUUACGCAGAUCUUCAAUGAAUCCAGAGAUGUUGAACCUGAGGCAAAAAAACUUGCUGUAACAACAGUAAGUCAACUUUUGGAUGCCAGUGAAGAUGUUUUUCAAAGAGCUGCUGAUGAUAAUGAUGAUGCCCUUAAUAUGUUGGUUGAACAAAUUGAGACUUAUUCCUUGUCUUUGAAUAAUGAGGUAGUGGUGGAACCUAAUAUAGCAAUACAGUCAGUUAAUCUACGAAAUGCUACAAGUGUUCGCUUCUCUGUGCUAAAAGGAACAAGUGAUUCUCUAGUUUCUGGCUCAACAUCUAUAGAUAAUGUGAACAUGCUUAAUCCAGAUGGACAGACUGAACUUCAGAUCUUGCUCAAUACUGGGGAAGGUAACUCUACAUCAUGUGGCUUUGUAGUGUAUCAAAACAACAAGCUUUUCCAGUCUAAAAGUUUUGCAGCGAAAUCAAAUUUUAGUCAAAAAAUUAUUUCAGGAAAAGUGAGUGAAAAUGAGAAAGAUACCUCUGUUAAAAUGGUCUUUAAUCCAAGGUACAAUCAAAGAGAAUUCCAACUUUAUUCCUAUGCCUGUGUCUACUGGAAUGUUUCAACAAAGGAUUGGGACACCUAUGGCUGUUAUAAAGACACGAGCAUUGACGGAUUCCUGGGCUGCUACUGCAACCAUACGACUAACUUUGCUGUACUAAUGAGUUUCAAAAAGGAUUAUCAGUAUCCAGAAUCACUAGACAGAUUAUCCACCCUGGGAUGUGCCCUUUCCAUUGCUGGUCUGGCUCUGACCAUCAUAUUUCAGAUUGCUACCAGGAAAGUCAGAAAAACCUCAGUAACCUGGGUGUUGGUCAGUCUGUGCAUAUCAAUGUUGAUUUUCAACCUCCUUUUUGUGUUUGGAAUUGAAAAUUCCAAUAAGGACUUGAAGACAAGUGAUAGUGGCACUGACACUGACUUUGGCAAAAAUGAAAUGCUCACAAGUGAUAUCAUUGACACCCCAAAUCCCAAGUGCACUGCGAUCGCUGCCUUGCUGCACUAUUUUCUGUUAGUGACGUUUACCUGGAAUGGACUCAAUGCUACGCAGCUCUAUUUCCUUCUAAUUAGGACCAUGAAGCCUCUUCCUCGACAUUUCAUUCUUUUCAUCUCAUUAAUUGGAUGGGGAGUCCCUGCUAUAGUAGUUGGUGUAACAGUGGGAAUUAUUUAUGCUCAGAGUGGGAAUAAUUGGGAGUUAGACUACCGGCAAGAGGAAAUCUGCUGGCUGGCAGUUUCAAACAGCAAUGGUUUUAUAGCAAGUUCAUUUUUGUGGUCAUUCAUCAUGCCUAUAACCAUUAUCCUCAUCAUGAAUAUUGUUAUAUUUAUUAUGAUCACAGUGAAAGUAUUGUGGAAGAAUAACCAGAAUCUGACCAGCACAAAAAAGGUUUCAUCCCUAAAGAAGAUGCUCAGCACAUUAUCUAUUGCAGUUGUUUUUGGAAUUACCUGGGUUCUGUCUUACUUUAUGCUAAUUAAUAAUGAUGACAUCAGGAUUAUCUUCAGCUACAUAUUCUGCCUUUUUAAUACCACUCAGGGGUUGCAAAUUUUUAUCCUGUAUACUAUUAGAACAAAAAUCUUCCAGAGGGAAGCUUCGCAAGUACUGAAGUCGCUGUCAUCAUCUUUUGAAAGAAUGAAACCACCACCUUCAAUGUCCUUGCUAAGACUGCAUGUAAGGAUGUAUAGUAUGCUCAGGUCCUUUCCAGUUCUACAUGAACAUUUCAGGCUGCUGGAGCCAUCUGUAAUGACCGAGGAGACAGAACUCACUAAAAGUGAACAAACAAGCUCAAGCAUCUAG